AUGCCUUCGCCCCAUCAGCCGUCGCCGUUGAUUCUCCUGCCUCAGCUACCCCCGAAGACCCUGGUCGGCAUCGAUCUCAUCGCGUUCUCUUCGACCGCGAAUUUCCACGGCAUCAGAGACCUACCUAACGGCUGGCACUUUCUGUAUACUGGUACAACGGAGAGCUUGUCACUCCGAUGUGGCGCAUGGUUCUACGUAGGCGAUGUCCGCUCCACUGGGAGCGGGGACAGUGAUACCGCGGUCGUGGUGGCGCAAGCACCGAACCCUGCGCCGGAGAUCUAUAUCUGGAAAUGGAACACGGAGACGGAAUCACUGUCUUCGCUGAAGUAUGACAGCGAUGCGGACCGCCAGGAGGCUAUGCGCUACAAGGCGAACCUCGGCGCGCUCUGGCAGAGUGGUGGCUUGUUCCGAUAUCGAAGCUGCGUGUCCCCGGCCAUGCUGUCGAACAAACCGGGCUCAGCACCUGCUGAGGCGCGUCAGGCAGAAGAGGAUGAGGAAGCUGAGGAGAGCGGUCGUAGGGACUGGCGACAGCUCACAAACCGCCUGUCACCCGAGAUCCUAACCCGCAUCAUUGGCGAACCGGAGCUAGAUGUCGAUGGCCGUCCGAGGUGGAUGGUUACUUCUGCCAGCACGGCCAACCGUGAUGCAGAUCAUAUUCCGGGAGUGGACUCUCCAGCGGCGGGAGAGCAGACAAGCGCAGGAAUGAUUAGCGAGCAGGAGAGAGAAUUCGGCUUUCUCCCCAUAGACCUGAAGCGGACAUGGCGAGAAGGGGCCAUUGGACGUGAAAGGACGGAGGCUGCACAGGACAAGUCUUGGGCCUUGGGCGACCUGAUAUACAAGUACUCCAGUCGAGUGUCUGGUGAAAUUACAGUGGAUGAACAGACAGGAGAAGCCCAGGUGCUCGGAGAGUUGCAAUUUACCUUCAUCAUGGCGUUGACCAUGAUGAAUUUCUCCUGCCUUCAGCAAUGGAAGAGGCUGCUAGAACUGAUUUUGACCUGUCGCCGAGCAAUCCUUGACAGAGAAGCGUUCAUGAGUGAAGUACUUCGCCUGCUACUACGACAACUCGAAAGAUUUGACGAUGUCGAAGGGGGGCUCUUGGAAAUCGAUGGUGAUGAAGGCGGAGAGUUCUUGCGCAACCUUCUUACAAAAAUGCGACGAUCUGUUGACGAAGUUGUUGAACCGGGGACCCAGUCAAUGGUCAAGACAGAGCUUGACAGGGUGGAUGCCUGGGUAAAAAACGAGUACGACUGGGAGCUGACGCGCGAGUCUAUUGUCAGACGGGGCAUGCUUCAGCUGGAAGACGGCGAGGAGGUUGAAAUGUCAAUGAACGAUAAUGACGAAGAUGAGGAAACGGGUGAAUAUGCUCCUAUGGUGGUUGAAUUGGGAGAGCAAAAUGAUAUGCGGCUGCAAGAAGAGGAGGCCUCUGACCUUGAGGAUAUGAGGUACUAA